CCUGUUUUGCUUCUCUCACGCGCAUGAGACUACCCAACGUGGCUUUUUGCUUUUGACAAGAGCUCAUUCUAGGUAUUAAAUGUAGCUACACAUUUAUUAAAUAAAACAUUUGGUGUAUGAACAUCAAGGCAACGAGCUGUUUGAAGUGAAUGAGUGACUGGUGAGUAAGUGGAUCAGCAGAGUUGACGUGUUGAUAGGGAAAAAAGAGACCCUGGCAGGGUUUUCCUGAUCACUAGCAGUGUUUUACAGAGGUGUAUGUGUUCCUUACAUUCCACGGAGAAACAUGUUUAAUGAGGAUGAAGACUGGAGUGAUGAACAAGACGCUCAAAUCCAGAGUAAAACUGUCCUCAAAAACACCCAGAAGGCGAACAACAAUACAAAUGUCAAGCAGUCCAAGGUUGUUGGUAAAAAGAGCCUGCUGCGGACCCUUCAGACACUGGGAUCAGUACCAGAGUGGAAGAGUGACGACCACCAACGGGACAGUGACAGUGACAGUGAGGCAGAAACAGCUCCGUCUCACACCAAGAAAAAGAAGAAGAGAAGGAAAAGGAGAAAACAUGCAGAGACAUCAGAGGAGCAGCAAGAGAACGGAGGCUUAAAUCAGAGCGUCGAGGAGAAACCUGCAGCAAAAAAGAGAAGCAAAGACAACAAAUUUGGGGCCAUGAAGGUGAAAACCACAUCUGCAGGCGAGACAAAGGAUGAAGAAAUGACAAAGUCCGCAAAGAUGAAAGUAAACAAACCCAAGAGCACAGAAGGGCUGAGCAGAAAACAAUGGAAAAACAAAAUGAAGAACAAGAGGAGAUGUAAAAAUAAAUACCGCCAGAAUAAGCCUGAGGAGGACGAGAAAAGAAAAGCAGAAUCUGCAGAUAAACACAAGCCAGAGGAAGAAGUCAAAACAGAUUCAUAUAGCAACAACAACAGUGGAGCAAUCACUCAGACAGCAGCCCAGAGAAAGAAAAAAGAAAAGGGAGAUAAAGCGCAGAAAAGGCAAAAGACUGAGGGGGACACUGAUGUUUCCUGUGCAUCAGAAAAACAAACACAGAAAGAGGAAAAGCAUCUGUUUGAAAAAGAGAAAAAAACAAAGGGUGGCAAUGGUGAAAAGGGAGCAAGUGAAACUUCUGCUGACGGACAUGAAGCUGAGGUGAAGAUCACAGGUGGUCAGCAGAAGUUACCUGUGAAAAGACAGAAUCCUGAACUGAGCAAAGAACAGAGUCUGAAGAGAGAGAAGCUGCGGAAAAUGCUCCACAGCCGGGAAACAGACAGACAAGAGAAUCCUGCAGAACAGAAAGACGAGCCGGCAGCAGUAGAAGAACAAGAGGUGAAACUGGACCGCUCUGCCUCCCUCAGGUCCCGCAUGGAGCAGCGCUUGGAGUCUGCCCGAUUCCGCUACAUUAAUGAGGUUUUGUACAGCACGUCCAGCGGCGAGGCGAAGCGUAUGUUCAGGCAGGAUCCGCAGGCUUUCUGGAUAUACCACAGAGGAUACACUGCACAAGUUCAGAGGUGGCCAGCCAAUCCAGUGGACACCAUCAUCUCCUACAUCCAGCAAAAACCGUCCUCUCUGGUGGUUGCAGACUUUGGUUGCGGUGACUGUAAAAUAGCGCGCAAUGUGAAGAACAAAGUGCACAGCUUUGACCUGGCAGCUACCUGUGAACUUGUUACAGUCUGUGACAUGGCUAAUGUGCCGCUUCGUGACAGCUCCGUGGACAUCGCAGUGUUCUGCCUUUCUCUCAUGGGGACCAACCUGGCAGAUUUUUUAGCAGAGGCCAAUCGAGUCUUAAAAAUGGGGGGUGUCCUUAAAAUAGCAGAGGUGGCGAGUAGAUUUGACAACGUCCGGAGCUUCAUCACUGCGCUGGCAAGUCUGGGAUUCAAGAUGGUCUCCAAGGAUACUGAGAAUACUCAUUUCUACUCCUUUGAAUUUGUGAAGACGGGAGAUUCUCCAGAAACUGUUAAGAAAUUUGGACUUCAGUUGAAGCCCUGUGUGUACAAGAAAAGAUGAGGAAGUUAGAGAACUGCAUAAAAGUGUAUAUGUGUAACAUUUUUUCACAUAAUUUUUCUGUUAAUAUCAGUGGACUAUACAUGUUAAGUUCUGUGGGGGUUUUAACGCAGCACAAAGCUGUACACUUUUAUUUAAAUGUAUCAUAUUCUUUUGAUACAUUUUUGUCUACAGAUUUCAACAUAGUUGAAUUAUGUGCAUCAUAUGUACAUGAUUUUGUUUUUCAUAUAAUAAAAUUGUCUGUGAUUAUGUGCCAACAGCAUUUAAGUGCAUGCAGUCUCCAAGCUGUUACCACUCAGGUUGAACUUACUUUUUAGUUCCUUCUCUCUGGUUGGAGUUGUGUGCUGUAUGUGUUGCCAAGUUAAAGGUGAAACCUACAUACACAGCUACAUGGCACACUGGGUAUACUCUGCUAAUUUAGGCAGUUUUAUUAAGAAGACAAGUCAUGUAAAUGUUAAGAUUGUUGUAUGGAAAAAAAACCUGAAAAAUAUUUAGAAUGUGUCAUGGUUAAUGAUGGCAAAUACAAACUUUUUAAAAUUAAA